CUGACCGAUUUGCAUUCAACUUCUUUCUGACAUUAGGCCAAUUUCUAGCGGGCGAAUACUACGUGUCGUUCAACAAUGUCCAAUAAGCACUACUUCCCCUCCACAAGUGCCAACUCUUUGGUCCCACGAGCGUUACGAGCUCUCGUUUCUGCAAACAGUCAUUUGACUUUGGAUAUCGCAGAGAGAGUCGUUUCAAAUGCCUUCCACGAUGAUUCUAAAGUGAGUGUCAUCAGUGGAGGUGGUUCAGGACAUGAACCGGCUUGGAGUGGCUAUGUCGGUGACGGCCUACUCUCGGCUGUUGCAUGUGGUGAUAUCUUUGCCUCGCCCAGUGCAAAGCAGAUUCUGGCUGCGAUUCGUAUGGCGCCGUCGAAGAAGGGUGUCAUUCUGCUGAUCACCAAUUACACCGGUGAUCGGCUUCACUUUGGUCUGGCGGCUGAAAGAGCCAAGGCCGAAGGGCUGGUCGAAAAUAUCGCCAUUCUACAUGCUACCGACGAUGUUUCGAUCGGAAGAGGGAAGAGUAGUCAUAUGGGCAGGAGAGGUCUUCCGGGGCAUGUUUUCACCAUGAAGAUUAUUGGAGCUGCGGCCGCGGAAGGCUACUCAUUUGAACAGUGUCUUGCACUGGGACAAGCGAUCAACGACCAGACUGUCACAAUCGCUUCCGCACUUGAUCAUUGCCAUGUACCAGGCCGAGCUCAGCAGUCCUCCCUCUCAGAUGACGUGGUCGUCAUCGGCGCCGGCAUUCACAAUGAACCCGGUCAACUUCACAUUUCUCCUGCCCCGUCAGUCGAGGAACUCAUCGAGAGUUGUCUCAAACUUCUGUGCGAUGAAUCUGAUGCAGAGCGAGGCUUUGUCAAGUUUGAGCGAAAUGAUGAAAUAGGCUUAUUGGUCAACAACUACGGCGGCCUCUCCGUGCUCGAACUCAAUGCCUUGGCCGAUGAGGUUCAGACACAAUUGAGCUCACAGUGGAACAUCAAACCGUGCAGAACGCUCUUUGGUGCAUUCGAGACGUCUCUCAAUGCACCGGGCUUUUCGAUCUCUCUAUGUAACCUUACAGCUGCAGCUCGGCAAUCGAACGAGCCCGUGGCCACCCUGAUUCGCCAAUUCGAUAGUGCCACGACCGCCGUUUCAUGGCCCAACACUAAUCGACCUUCUUCUUCUCAGAGGAGAAUCACCCUAGAGCAUCUUAAUGCCACAGCAAAUGCCCACAUCGGAUCCUGUCCUAGUAUUCAAUUCGACCCCUUGCUCCUUGAAACUGCUAUUCGAGCCUCAUGCGAGAGAGCAAUUGCGGCGGAGCCAAGGCUCACACAGUGGGAUAUGGUCAUGGGAGACGGGGACUGUGGUGAGGCUGUCCAGGGCCUAGCCGAAUCCAUUUUACAGAGAGUAAAUAAAGGAUGCACGAAAUCAGGCGAUGUCCUGGAAGUCAUCCGAUCUAUAUUGCAGAGUGUGGACGAUAUGGGCGGUACUCUCGGAGCAAUAUUCGGUGUCCUUCUAUCAGCAUUUUUGACGGCUUUGAGAAGGAACGCGUCCGAAGGGAAGAUUAGUCCAGAUUCGGCAGCUUUCUACGCCACUGCACUCGGGUCUGCAGUAACGUCUUUAAAGUCGCAUACUGGAGCCAGAAUUGGAGACAGGACAGUCAUGGACGUUCUACUCCCUUUUGAAGAGGAAUUCUCUCGAACCAAUGACCUUAUCUCGGCCGUUAAAGUUGCAGCGGAGAAAGCGGAGGUAACGAGGUAUCUCAAAGCAAAGUUUGGCAGGGCAACAUAUGUUGGGGAAGCAUCGAGCCAGGAGCUGCCAGACCCGGGUGCUUGGGCUUUCUAUGAGAUAGUCGCUGGCUUGGCUGAUGGGCUUGGAAUUUCCUCCAAUUAG